AUGCUGCUCAAAAAGAGACAAGGCUUCAAGUUUACCAACGACGAGAAUCAUCGAAAGACGUCUGUAUCAGGCUCAUCUACGACAUCAUUGGACAAAGUUCUGCGAUACACCAACAACAAUAAGCAAGAGCAGCCUGAAGACAUUCUAGCAGACAGUAUCAUCUUUCAAGUCGAGAAGCUGCCUAUUUGGAAACGAAAGCGAUUCCAUUUCAUCAUUGGUCUUUCUGUAGGUCUGAUUGCAGCUUAUGGCGCAUCGACAACGCCUGUAGCUCAAACGCAUCUCAAUGAUUUGCAAUCCUAUUUAUCGCUUCAGCUGUCUGAAAUGGAUUGGGACAGGAUCAUGCCUGUAACAGACAUGGUAGACGAGCUGUUUGGCAAUGUCACGAACUUUUUUACACCAACGCCAUCCAGCGAUCAGCCAUUCAUGCCUGCAUUGGAGUACAGAGAGGCAUUGGAUCUGAAGCCGCAUUUUCCAGUCGUCUUGAUCCCAGGCAUCAUUUCAUCCGGCCUAGAGAGUUGGGGCACGUUGGAAAAGUCAAAACGCUUUUUUCGAAAGCGAAUGUGGGGGACUACCACCAUGUUUAGAUCGGUUUUGCUAGAUAAAGAAUUGUGGACAGAACAUUUGAAACUUGAUCCUGUCACAGGUUUGGAUCCUCCUGGUAUCAAAAUCCGCGCUGCUCAAGGCUUGGACGCUGCUGAUUAUUUUGUAACUGGCUACUGGAUCUGGGCCAAAAUCAUUGAAAAUCUGGCCUACAUUGGCUAUGACAACAACAACAUGCAUCUAGCAAGUUACGACUGGCGAUUGUCCUUCUCCAAUCUCGAGACCAGGGACCAGUAUUUCUCUAAAUUGCUGUCCAUGAUUGAAAUUUCGAAAAAGGGAUCUGGCGUUCCUGCCGUAAUUGUUACACACUCAAUGGGAUCUUCCAUGUUUCCUUACUUCUUGAGGUGGGCACAGAGUCCAGAAGGAGGUAAUCGAGGUGAUGAUUGGACAGAACAACACAUUGCGUCGUUUGUCAACAUUGCAGGCCCUAUGGUAGGCGUACCCAAGGCAUUGACAGCCAUGUUGUCAGGCGAGACAAGAGACACCAUGUCGCUGGGCAGUUUCGGCGCUUACCUGUUGGAGAAGUUCUUUUCUAGACGCGAAAGAGCCAGUCUGAUGCGAACCUGGAGUGGAGGCAGUUCCAUGUUACUCAAAGGAGGCGAGACGAUCUGGGGAAACCAGACAUUUGCGCCUGACGAUGAGGAGAAUUCGCAGCACCACUCUUUUGGCAAUAUUUUGUCAUUCACCAAGACAAACGAGGGAGAAGCCACUGUGCAGGAAAAGGACCACAACUACACGACAGAGAAGAUGGUCAACAAGGACAUUGAUCAGAACUUUAGCGCAGAUGAAUCACUGGAUCUGCUGCAUAUCACAGGCACGCCAGAUUUCAGCCGUAUGCUCAAGUCAAAUUACUCGUUUGGGAUCACUACCUCAAAGAAGCAGUUGCUGCAGAACAACAAAGAUUCUAGAAAGUGGUCGAACCCUUUAGAAUCGCAAUUACCCAUAGCACCCAGCAUGAAGAUUUACUGUCUUUACGGUGUUGGUUUACCCACUGAGAGAAGCUACUACUAUACCAGAGCCAAAGAUGACAUCAACAAGCCAGACAUGGACAGCGAUGUAGAUUGCGACAUUGAUGUGUCUGCCCUGCUGAAUGGCACGGAUAUUAAGGAGGAGGAGUUUAUGAAUGCAGUUGUCCAGAAGAGCAUCAAGCAAUCAGGUCAAAGCGACAAACAUAACGAUGAGAACAUGCCCCAGGCACCUCCCAUUUAUAUUGAUGGUGCUAUGCAUGAACCUGCUAGAGGAGUGGAGAUGGGUGUGCGAUUUGCAGAUGGUGAUGGCACAGUGCCAGUCUUGUCUUUGGGCUACAUGUGUGCGCCCUCUGGCGGUUGGACAAAGCACGCUGAUUUGUAUAAUCCAGGACAUAGUCCAGUUGUCGUCAAAGAGUAUUUGCACGAGCAAAGCGAUAGCAAGUUGGAUGUGCGAGGUGGCUCAAAGGCUGGCGAUCAUGUGGAUAUUCUUGGUAAUUGGGAAAUGACACUGGACAUUUUGCAAAUCGUCUCCAACAAGGGCAGUAAUGUCACGCAGCGCAUUGUGUCCAACAUUGAAGACUAUGUACAGAAAAUUAAUAUCGAGCCAUUACCCUAA